UAAUGCAUGGUGGGCGCGGUUGCCGCUGUGGUCGUGAUCCGGUCCAACGCAGAUCGAGAGAUGGUGGCGCCGACUCUCGAAGCUUGCUUGUAGUUUGUGUCCAAGUUCAGGCUAAGGAAUGUACUGUGGCUGCUAUGCUCAUACUAAGACUUGGAAUCUGUCUUAGUAAGGGUUUGAAAACUGCGAUAAUUGAGGGAGAUGUCGUGGGUGGGACUUGUGUGAACAGAGGUUGUGUUCCAUCAAAGGCUCUCCUUGCUGUAAGUGGUAGGAUGCGGGAACUUCAAGAUGAACAUCACAUGAAGUCACUGGGCCUGCAGGUCUCCUCACCAGGAUAUGACAGACAGGGUGUUGCUGACCAUGCAAAUAAUCUUGCCUCUAAAAUACGCAGCAACUUGACUAAUUCAAUGAAAGCUCUGGGUGUGGAUAUACUGACUGGUAUUGGUACAAUUGUGGGGAAGCAAAAAGUGAGAUAUGAAAAAGCUGGUUUUCCAGACAAUGAAAUCACUGCUAGAAACAUCAUAAUUGCCACCGGAUCUGUUCCUUUUGUCCCCAAGGGCAUUGAAAUAGAUGGUAAAACUGUAUUCACUAGUGAUCAUGCACUAAAACUUGAGUCAGUCCCCGACUGGAUAGCUAUUGUUGGAAGUGGUUACAUUGGACUUGAAUUCAGUGAUGUAUACACGGCUCUGGGAAGUGAGGUUACUUUUGUUGAAGCUCUUGAUCAAUUAAUGCCUGGGUUUGAUCCUGAGAUUGGGAAAUUGGCGCAGAGGAUUCUUAUUAAUCCUCGUAAAAUUGAUUAUCACACUGGUGUUUUUGCGAGCAAGAUUACCCCAGCAAAGGAUGGUAAACCUGUUCUAAUUGAGUUGAUUGAUGCUAAGACAAAAGAACACAAGGAGACACUUGAGGUGGAUGCCACACUUAUAGCUACUGGAAGGGCACCCUUCACCAAAGGACUUGGCUUGGAAAAUAUCAAUGUUAUUACACAACGUGGUUUUGUUCCUGUUGAUGAACGGAUGCAAGUUAUGGAUGCAGAUGGCAAUGUGGUUCCUAAUUUGUAUUGCAUUGGAGAUGCCAAUGGUAAGCUUAUGCUUGCUCAUGCAGCCAGUGCACAAGGAAUCUCAGUUGUGGAGCAAAUCAGUGGGAGAGACAACAUCCUAAAUCACCUAAGCAUCCCAGCUGCCUGUUUCACUCAUCCUGAGAUCAGCAUGGUUGGGUUGACAGAGCCACAAGCUAGGGAGCAGGCUGACAAGGAAGGAUUUGAAGUAAGUGUUGUAAAGACCAGUUUUUAGGCUAACACAAAGGCUCUGGCGGAGAAUGAAGGAGAUGAACUUGCUAAAAUGAUUUAUCGUCCUGACACCGGAGAAAUUCUUGGAGUUCACAUUUUGAGGUUGCAUGCUGCAGACCUCAUCCACGAGGCAUCAAAUGCCAUUGCCCUUGGAACUCGUGUGCAAGACAUCAAGUUUGCCGUUCAUGCACACCCAACCUUGUCGGAGGUUCUGGAUGAGCUCUUCAAGGCUGCCAAGGUUAAUGCUGGUGUUUCGCAUUCUGUAAAUGAGCCAGUUGCGGCGUAGAGAGAAACAAGAGUGGGAAAGAAACCAUCUGCAACAUCCCAACUCCAGUUAUACGUCCUUAGUAACUCCAGUUAUAUAUCCUUAGUGCUAGAUGUAUCUUGUACUCGUAUAAAACUGAUUUUUGUAGCCAUUCGCGGGGCAUUUUCGUUAGGGACUAGUACGGACACUUCCUAUUUAUUGAGGGAAAGGGAGAUCCAUUUGUCCUCCCUAUGUAUUUUUUUUUAAAGAAGUCAUCCCUAUGUAUGAGAGAACUCCAAAUUUUGCAGCCCUUCGUAAAGAGUAAAUGUGUGAUGCCUUUACUUUGUCGAA